GCCGGCCUCCCUAUUCGUAUAUGGGCGUCGUAAUCCUCGGCCGUUGGCCACCCCUGAUCUAGCCCCAGUGGUGUUGACUUAUGGGAUUUCAGCUUAAUUCCCUAGUGGUGUUGAUUUCAUUGGGGUAGUAUGGGAAAAGUGAGGAUCCAUACAGAGAAUGUAAAAAUGAUAUGUGGGAGGGAAUGUGUGAUUGUGAUUUCUGUUGUUUUAUUUGUCAUGUUUUGAGUUAAUAAUGAAUAGUGAGGCUUGCUGUAUUUUGCUUCUUGUGCUUAUGUGGGCAAUGGUAGCUAUAUGCUUAGACUUGUGCAUCUUAAGGGCUCCUGGGUUAUCAAAUAUGGAUGCUUCUGCUUGCCUGUAUGAGUUUUUUCUCUACUAAUAACCCCCUUUGUCCUAAAGGUUUUGGUGUAGCCUCCUAAUAAACCUUUAAUGACCAGAAACUGUGAUAUUUGUCGUGAAUACUGCGUUUGAAUCUGGCACAACUUGCUUACUAUCUAGAGUUUGCACGUUUGUAAUCUUUGUCUUGGAAUCAGGUUAGGUUUCUGUUUGAAUCGGUCAUGUGCAUGUUUAGUGUAGCCUCAUACACCUUUGGCCAGAAACAAUGGUGUUUGUCAUGCUGGCACAACCUGCUUUUUCUAUCCAAAGUGUGCAUGGUCUAAUACCUUUGACCAAAUUGUUAAUACACUUAAUAGCUUAACCGGUUAGUGUCUGGUUCUACAUAUUAUUAUAUAGACAUGUCUCAUUGUAUCUACAAAGUCAGGUUAAUUUUGGAGAUAUAUUCCAUGAACAUAAGUGCUAAGGUUCUCCUUUCAUUCCUUUUGUUAUGUUAUAUUGUUCUACCUAUUUGUCAGAGGUGCCCUCAAACAAGUGCUAUUCGUGUCUGGCUUGAAUUUGCUAGCUCCCGAAGGUGUUAGUUUGUCGUUGCACACAACUAGAAUAUUAGUUCUGGUGCUUUAUCUUAGGGUACCUUUGUUUUGACUUUUGAGGAAUAGUUUGGUCCUAGGAUUUCCUAGGAUUUGUCUAUCCAUCAUCUGGUCAUUCAAAAAAAAAAUUAGGCAAUGAAUCCAUUCUUAUGUUUCAUCUUCUUACGAGGUAUAGUCUUUGAAACUUGGUCCAUUACUCAGUUGAGGACAACCCUUUCCUUGAGAAAGGUUGCCUUCUAGGUCAUAUACACUGUAGUCACUCAUUGCUUACAGAAACUGAAGCAACAUCAAAUGGUUUGUUAAUGGUUUCAAAUCAAUGCUGGAAGGCACCUCUGUGUUUUUGUGGAGAAAGUAUCCUCUAAGGUGUUAUUGCUGCCUUAUUGAGAGUUAUCAGUAGAGUUAGAUUUAGUCGAUUUAUUCAGAUAAUUCAUGGCAUGUCUAUGUUCAUGAUGAAUGAUAAGGCAAGAAGCAUUUGGUCUAGAACACACUUUAUGAAAUUUGCAUUUUCCUGUCCUUUUAUAUCUUGCUCAUGGUCCUAAUUCCUGCUGCAACUAUCAGAGUCUUACUGUAAACUUUGUGUUUGUUUUAAAAGUAUUAUUAGGUUGGCUGCCAAUUUUAAUUAUGACUAUGAUUUAUAUGUGUUUAACUAUGACUAUGAUUUAUAUGUGGUGCCUAUCGUAUUUCAGUGUUUCUCUGUAAUAGUGUCCUAUCAGUACUUCAGUAGACAUGUGAUAUCAUGUGAAGUUUGAAAACUGUGUACAUAAAUAAAGUUGUUUUGCAUGCUAAUUUAGAUUUUCAACUGCUCAUUCUAUUCCCAUCUUCUGCCAGAACACUUUAUCGCAACUCCAAGGGUUGUUUAAUACUUUAAUGUUUAAUGCAUGCCUGUGGCAAAUUUUUUAUUUGUAGGUACUCGAGGUCCCCUUCAUACAGCAGGGGGCACCCAAAAGCGAGGUCAAGAUCACAAUCUCCAGCUCGGUCUCAGUCUAGGUCGCCUGUGCCUGAUCCUAGAUCUCAGGCCAGGUCAAGGUCUAGAAGCCAUGAGAGGGAGGAGGAUGCUGUUAACCGUGGAAAUACUCUGUAUGUGACUGGGCUCUCUUCCAGGGUGACUGAAAGGGAUGUUAAAGAUUAUUUCUCUAAGCAUGGAAAGGUGGUUGGUUGCCAUGUUGUUCUUGAACCCCAUACACGUGUUUCCCGUGGAUUUGCCUUUGUCACCAUGGACACUGUUGAAGAAGCUGAGCGUUGCAUCAAGUAUCUCAAUGAUUCUGUAAUGGAAGGUCGAAACAUCACAGUUGAGAAGUCACGCCGUGGUCGCCCAAGAACACCAACUCCUGGAAGCUAUCUUGGCCAUCGGUACGAGCGCAGAGAGCGCGGGAGAUUCCGUAGAGGCUAUGGUGGUGGGCGUGAUGAGUAUUACGGUAAUGGCGGUGGGCAUGGGUACCGCAGGUCUCCGCCACCCAUGUACUCUUCCUACAGGGAGAGUCGGGAUUAUUACCCCUCCUACAGGGACAGCAGGGACUACCCUCCCUACAGGGACAGCCGGGACUACUCUCCUCCCCACAGGGACCCUCGGGACUACUACGAAAGCAGGGGUGGCCGUGGCUACUCGCCGCCUCCUUACGGCGGUGGUAGGUCAAGGAGGGAGCGAUCGAUUUCGCCGUAUCGGAUGCCAGAAAGGGGCUAUGGUGGAGGCCGCCGGGCGGGCGGCGGUGGCUACGACAGGUAAAAGCGGAGGUUUUCGCUCCGCCCUAUGGGUGGUGACCGACCGGCCAACCGGCAAGAUGGAUGUCCACACUGGCUGCUGCGAUGGUGGUGUCUGGCCCUUGCAGCUCCCGUGGUAUGGUUAGACCGUUGUAGCUGUGUACUACUUGUGAGGACUGUUUUUCCGGCGUAUGUGGAUUUGGUGAAACUUUUGUAUGAGCACCUUUGUUUGUAUCCUGCAAUGAUUCCUUCUAAAGAAUGACUGGGAACUUGGCUCCAUUGUGUGGGCAUAUGA